UCAGAAGGAGGACAAAGAGGAAAUGUGGGAUUCUCUCUCUGAUGACUCGUGAAAAGUCCGAUAGUCUGGCGGAAUCAAAUCUGCCCAAAGCUGAAUGUCUGUCGGAUUACUUUGGUGAAGUCUACUCUGUAGAUCAUGACAACAGUGCUCAACGGUGGUGUCAGCACUGCGCCACUAAUAGAUACAGUGUUCACAACAAAAGAAAGAGUCUUACAGUUGCUGAACCUCAAACCUGGAAAUUCCCUGGGUCUCAAUCAGUUACGUCCCAGGCUUCUAUCUUCGUUAGCAGACAUCAUUACUGAGCCAGUCACGGAUCUUUUCAAUAUUUCCCUAACUCAG